GUUAAAAUCUCCGAUCUGGCUCUGGCGCGCCAACGUUGGAACGCCGACCCUCUGAAACUCAGUGACUUCGCGUCUGCGACGCGCUUCACACCGCUGGUGACGCGAUCGUCUGGCAAAGAAAGAGUUGUCGAGUUUUCGAGCUUGGGUUCCCUGCGCCGCAGCUUGGCUAAGCAAGGGACCAAGGGUGCGGGUCGCUAUAUACCACCACGGUGCAGCCUGUCAGGACUGGGGUAG